AUGGCUACCCCUCUGGAUGAUGUCGCGUCCCAGCGACCUGGCACAAUCCGCAAUGAUAUCUCAGUUGAGGGCGCCGUUCUCCUCACCGACGCCUUCGACAAAUUCACCGGUUCCCUCCUAGAGACUGGCCGUUUUGGUGUCGAGGUCGGCCAGAUCAGCCCGGAUAGCAAGAGCCUGCCGCUUCCCCAGCCGGAUGUGGAUCAUAGAGAGCAUCAGCGCCAGGUCCCUGAAACCGCUGGUGAUCGGGCUCCCGGUGGCCAGCAGCACCAUCGGCAAGCGCGGCUGCCGCUCCAGCAUCUUCCGCAGGACAAUUACGGUAGUCAUGUUCAAGCCGCGGAUGAGGGGGGCUCCGUCCCAGACGAUGAGGCCAAAGAAAUAGGCGCCGCUAACCCAGACCCUCGCCUGUUUGCCAUUGGAUAUCGGCAGCCUCACCAUCUCGGUCUAAAGCCCGCGCCAGAGCUUGUCGAUGCUCACUCGCUGUUGGCCGACGACCAGAGGAGGCAUGGUGGCGUCCACGGACGGAGGCGUCAUUCUAACCUCGACACCAGCGUCUUGGAGAAGCUGCAGGCCCUCGUCUUCCCACUCCGCGUAUGGCCGCCCGACCCGCGUCUUGGUGGGUAA